CGGGUAAGGGAUCUUUCCAGGCCAGACCACCUGGAGGGGCUGGGCUGAAGGCACAAGUGCGAGCCAGCACAGCAAGACGCUGGCACCGAGGGUCCGUCUCGAUCCAGCCCAGCAGCUGUCCCCGAGCCCUCUGCCUCCCCUGGUCGCGCUGGGGCUGUGCUGCUCCUCACCACGACAGGCUGGAUAUAAAAAUCCCGCGGUCCUGUGAAACCAGAUUUGUUUCUCCAAGCUCCCAGCCAAGCCUCCCUGAUGACCGCAGCCAGGGCUGUAAUUUGGGGGGAGUUUAUAUAUAGAGGCGUUGGGGCUGCACCCGAGAGCGGAGCGAUAUAAAGGGGCCGCCCGGCCCCGCUGCCCAGCCAGGCUGGUGAAGCAGGAGAGCCGAGGGGUGCCCCUCUCCGUGGCCAUGGACACCUCCUACCCGCGGGAGGACUACCUGCCUGCUCCGUCGCACAAGCGGCAGCCCUCAGCCGCCCCUGGCUCACCCAUGCCCCGCGACCACCUCAUCUGGUCCAUCUUCAACACCAUCUACAUGAACUUCUGCUGCCUCGGCUUCGUGGCUCUCGCCUUCUCCGUCAAGGCGCGGGACCGAAAAGUGGCUGGGGAUGUGGAAGCUGCUCGCCAGCUCAGCUCCAAGGCCCGGUGCUACAACGCCCUGGCCACAGCAGGCAGCGUGGUGCUACCACUGCUGCUGGCUGCCCUGGUCAUCACCGGUGUCAUCCACCUCUCCAAGCUUGCCCAGGAGUCCGUCGGCUUCUUCGCCUACCAGUUCAGUGGGACCGACGAGGAGGACAAGUGACCACUGGGCAAAGGGCUUGUACAAACUCCUGUGCAGUGCUGGUACCCCCCCCAGAAAACACCACCAGUCUGGUAGAGCCCAGCCAAGGCCACAGCGAGCUUCCCUGCCCACCAGGCAGUAUCUGCUCAGUGGGGAAGCAGCUCCACAAGCUUCUCCCGCAUGCCCUCUGACCCUUCCCUGCCUGAUCCAGUUCCAUGGUGUCCAAUCCCAGCUCUGGGCAGGGCUUCCUGGGGAAGCUCGUUUAAUUUUGUUUACUCUGUGUCUCUUAAAGUCUCUUUCUCCCAUGUGGAGCACAGCAACCCCCAGCCCAGGCUGUUUGAAUCAUUAAACCAGUUCACACAUU